GGGCCCGCAGUCCCCCGCCUGCUUUCCUGGGGCUGCUGACCCCCUGCUGCGUGCUCUGCAGGUUGCACCCUCUCGCUCCCAUUGGAAAUCCAGGCUUUUGCCACUUGGUGCUCAGAGGAGGGGAGCUGUCACAUUGCGUCACAGUUGUGAGUCACUGUCAGUAAGAUACCGCCCGUCACCGCCGAGUCCUGCUCCCCACAUGUUCAACAUGUAGAACACUGGAGAAGCGCGCCAGGCGAGCACAAAGCAGGGCUUAUUUAAAAAGGGGAAACCGACUUCUCCCGGGAGGGAGAAGGGCCAUAGCUGGCAUCCUGGUAUCCCCAGAAGCGAGGUGUUGUGCCCUUUUUAUAUGUCCUAGGCUUCCUUUGUUCUCCUGCCCUCUUCCCCUGUCUUCUUCCUGCGCACCUGACCAGACCCAGAGCGCUCGGUGGGAGGGCCAAAGGUGGGACACAGGUGGGCUGAAGGGGGAAGGGCAGCUUGGAGCUGCUCAGGACCGGGUACCUUGGCAACAGGUUGGAGCAGGGGCAGGUUGUAGAUAAGAUCCCUCAGGGGUCAGUCUCCAACUUCCCAGACUCACUCAAAGUUGGCCUCCUUGGAUCUGACCUGACAAUAUUUACAGAUCUACACUGACUGCCUGUCUCAUUCUGGCUUCAAUUAUAGAAAACCCUGUGCUCCAGGUACCUUUUCCUGGACCAUUCCGACUUUAUUCUAAAGUGUCCAUUCAGACAUUUUGUUUGUUUUAAGCUUUUCUUUUUAUUGAUGACUUAGAGGGGUUAUAGUUCUGAUCAGUCUGUGGCUUGCCCUGACAGUGAUAUCAGUCCACCUGGUGACCUCCCAGGUCCCCUGUGGCUACUUGAAUGGAUACAGAAUGUAGCAUGAGUUUUGGAAAAGACAUUUAUUUAAAUCAUAUCAGUAUAUCUUUUGAGAUAAUUAUAGAACUUUAUACUGUGUUUUCUCCUUUGUGUUUUUUAAAAUUUUUUUAGUUAUCAAUGGACCUUUAUUUUAUUUAUUCAUAUGUGGUGCUGACAAUCAAACCCAGUUCUCACACAUGCUAGGCGAGUGCUCUACUACUGAGCCACAACCCCAGCCCAUCUCCUUUGUGUUUCUAACAUGGUUAAUGAUAUUGGUUCAUUUCCAAAUGACAAAGGAAAAGCUAGGAAAGUCAUUGUAACUAAAGCUGCCACCAGCAUUUAAAAGGAAGAGGUGAUCUCAUCAGGGGAAAACCUGGCACCCCAUGUGUGAGAGUGUCUGCAGAAGGUGGGAGUGGCUGAGACCAGAGAAGGCCGGCAGAUCCAGGCCGCAGAAGGUAGCAAGCCAGUCCCUUACCAGGCAAAGCAGCUGCAGGGCAGAAGGUUCAUGUGCUCAGCUGGACACAGGUGGGCCCUGGCCAACCAGAGCAGACCUGGCCUUUCUCAGGAACCGUUAACAUGUCAAAGGUCAGUUAAGAAGCAGUCUGGGAGGCUGGGGACACAGCUCAGUUGGUAGAGUGCUCGCCUGGCAUGUACAAGGCCCUGGGUUCAGUUCCCAGCAUAACAACAACAACAACAAAGCAGCAGCCAUCUGUGGGCCAGGUUGUGGCUCAGUGGCAGAGCUUGCUGGUGUGUGAGGCAUUGGGUGGAAUUCUCAGCUCCGCAUAUAAAUAAGCAAAGAUAAUAAAGUUCAUCAAUGACCAAAAAGAAUCUAUUAAAAAGAAAAGCAGUCUGGACAUCGAUGACCACCACAACACACACAGCCUAUCUUAAUAACUCUGCUCUAUAGUGCCCUGGUCACCUGGUGGGCACACAGGCUCUUACAGCCAAGAUGGGCUGUGGUCAUAACAAGCUGGGUCCUUACAAAUCUCAAGUUGGAAAACACUAAAGCGUUGAGUAGCUCCAUGUGACUGACUUGAUAGUGCCAGAGGGGAAAUGGGGAGAGUCUGUGAGGUGAGUGUGCAGAGGUGAGCGCAAGGACAGCUCCUGCCUGGUCCCAGGUCUUCAGCUCAGACACAGUGACUGUGUCUUUGGGGUGCAUGCCCUCAGUCAGGGGUUUGGCCUUCUGAUAUUUGGAGAAUGUCCAUGUCUGUUGUUGAGAGAUGGGCUGUAGUUUUCCUCUGACAGUUUGGGUUUGAGGUCGUGCUGCCUCAUUAAGAGAAACUGGAAGUUGUUUGUUGGUCCUGCUAGAAAAAACAUGCCAGGCAUGCAGCCUGCUCUUCCCUCGGGGAGUGUCCGUCUGGUGGCACUCGCUCAGCAGGCUGGGCUUCCACUUGGCUUGCUCAGCUCUAGUCUUUAUCUAAGUUGCUGGACUUGGUGUGACAGGCUCAUGAUGGCUCUCAGGGCACUCCUGACGGAGGGUCUGUGGCAAGGCCCCUUCUCACGUGCAGGGGAAGAAGGUGUGCUCUUUCUUCCUACCACUGGGGAUGUCUUCUCCCGUGGUGUCUGAGGCUGGGCUCUACAGGGGAGGCGAGGCCCCUGCAGCAGAGGCGCCUGGAUCCCGGGGAAGGUGGGGCAGGCCAGAGGCCAGAGCAGCAAAUGCAGCUCCUAGUGGGGAACGCCUGGCCUGACGGGCACCUCAGUGAGGGCGAGUGGACUCCCCGGGCCAGCCCAUAUUCUGAGUUAGGAGAAGGUGGCUGGGAUGUGGCCCCUUCAUGGGAAAGCACCCGAGGACAGUUUGUGUGCCUGCCCUGUGGAGUGGCCUGGCCUGCUGUCCAGGAACUAGCUAUCUUGGUUGGGGCUCUGUGUCACUCUCCAGUGCCACGUCCACAGUCAGGCUGGUGACUUUCAGCCAUACCGGCUGGUCUCUAUCUGGUCUGGAGAAGGCCUGCCUGCUUCCUGGUGUUCCAGAGUUCUGCUGCUUGCCAGGGGCCAUAGCACCUGCUCUCCCUGGCACCUCAAUGCCAGGGCAUAGGCACCACUGGCUUUUCCUGGGCUCCCUGGGCUUGCAAGUGGGGGUUGGCUCUUGGAGUUAGGUGGGGCUCUGGGCCAGCCUCUCCUGCUCACCCCACUCUCUCCCCAGACUGUCUGCUCCAUUAUGCCUGUGUUUCCUCAGAGUGUGACCACUGCAGUUCCCGUGGAUGUGCGCCAGGAGCAGCUAGUCCUGGAGCCGUGCACAUGUCAGGUGCCGGUGACCUUUGAGGAUGUGGCAGUGUACUUCUCAAGGGAAGAGUGGGAGUGUCUUGGCCCCAGCCAGAGGGCCCUCUACCAGGAUGUGAUGCUGGACAACUUCAGGAGCUUGGUUGCUUUGGAAGGACUUUGCGGCCCCAGACCAGAUCUUGUCUCUCACCUGGAGCAGUGGGGUGAGCCAUGGGUUGAAGACUGGGAGAGAGCUGAGUUUCGGGAAGCACAGCGGGAUUCCCACCCAGGGUCAAGGAAGCCUGUUGACCACAAAAGACUCUGUGAUCAGCUGGCCUGGGUUCACGCGAAGACCCACCUGCGGAGAAGAGUCCAGAGAGGGGCUAGCUGGGGGAAGAGCUUCCUCCCAGCUGUGGGUGAGGUGCAGCUUCCCAGGACUGCUCCAGGGAGGAAGGCAGGUAAGCCCACGACUCUCCACGGCCAGGCGUGUGGAAAGUCCUGCAGGCAGUGGCCAGGUCUUGGGGAGCAGCACAAGAGCCGCACGGAGGAACCUGCAUUCAUCUGUGGCACGUGCGGGAAGGCGCUGAGCUGCCACAGCCGGCUGGCUGCUCACCAGAUGGUGCACACAGGAGCCAGGUCCUUUGAGUGCUUCCAGUGCGGCCAGACCUUCCGCUGGUGUUCCAACCUCCUGCGCCACCAGAGGAACCACACGAGUGAGAAGCCCUUCAGCUGCGAGCUGUGUGGACAGGCCUUUAGCUUGAAGGACCGUCUGGUGCAGCAUCGCAAAGUCCACACAGAGCACCGGCCCUACGUGUGUGGUGACUGCGGGAAGGCCUUCAAGCAGAAGUCCAACCUCCUCCGGCACCAGCUUGUGCACACUGGGGAGAGGCCUUUCUUCUGCACCAACUGCGGCAAGGCUUUCCGGACCAAGGAGAACCUUAGUCACCACCAGCGCAUUCACAGCGGGGAGAAGCCCUACACCUGUGCCGAGUGUGGGAAGGCCUUCCGGUGGCCCAAGGGCUUCAGCAUCCACCAGAAGCUGCACCUGGCCAAGAGGUCCUAUGAGUGUGAGCGCUGUGGGAAGGGCUUCCGCCACCUGGGCUUCUUCACUCGGCAUCAGAGGACUCACCGGGGAGGCCAGGUAUAGAGGCCCUGGCCCCGGGGCUCCACCUUUGCUGGGGACGAGCUGUGCCCUCUGUCACUCUUGAGCCUAGAAGGAAACCUUAUGGGCUUUCAGAAUAACUAGGUAAAGCUUGGAGCUCCGUAGAGCUCCUGAGAAGUACCAACAGGAAAAUGCCAUCAGAAGAAGGGGAUCCAGAGUAUGCCAUGGAGACUGAGCAGUGCGUCCGCGUAAGCAUAAACACACACACACCCCGUUUACCCGCCCUGGAGAUGUGUCCGUGACUGUCUCACCCCAUGAACUUGACCCCUGUCCCCGCUGUCACUCGUGUGCACUUUAACCUUUUGUCCUGGCUCUUUCUCUCCCUCUUUGCUCAUCCAUCUUUCUUCCAUCUCUGCAAGGUAGUGUUACAUUUUUCAGAGAAGCAAAGCCUCUUUUGCGACCUCACUAUGUGGGAACUUACAAACGAGCACCUUUGUGUCAUCGGGAGCCAGUUAAAAGGCCAGAUCUGAAUUCAAAGCCAGGGUCUGGUUGGCAUGGCACAUGUGGGGCUGCUUCUGCUCCGUGGCAGCACAGGACGGGUGGGCUGUCCCUGGGGGUCAAAGCUGCACCCUCAGUUCUUGUCCUUGCAGCUUCUUGUACUGAGACUGACCUGGGCGUCGGCUCUUUGGCACAAUGGCAUCGUGUCUCAUUUCUGUUCAUUGAGUUCAUAGAACGUGCCCAGGAAGGCCAUGGUGUAUGGAUGAGAACUGGACGUGUCUGCCCAGCUCUGCAUCCACAUGUGGGACCAUGAGUUACAGAGAUGCUGCCAACCGGGGCCUGGGCUGCUCAGCUCUGGCCCUUGGCUUUCAGGCUGCUUAAUGACUCCACUGCACUGCCCUGUGUCAUGGGCCUUGGCUGCUGGGCAGCUCUGUGCUCAUGCCUGGUGCUGGGUGGUGCCCAGAAGCUGGCUGUAUAGCGGCUGCCCGCCUGCCUGCCUACUGGGCAAUAGGAGCUCCCUCUGCCCAUGCCCUCCCUGUUGGUUGGUGCUCAGAGCUGGUCACGCCCCUGGAGCUGGUGAGUGGCUGGGUCUGAGAGCAGAAUGUGGUGGCCAGGCUUGCUGCAGGUUGUCUUCUCGGUUUUCAGCUUGGGGUACCUCUGCUUUGCCCAGGCAGAAACAGCCUGCCAGGCAGAGCUUGCAGGGCAACUCCAUACUGUGAGAGCUGAGCAGGGACCCGCAUUUGUCACUGCUGUAUCAGGUUAUCCUGAUAUCUGAUGAGAGUUUUGCAAUUAAUAACAGGCACAGUGGUGCACACCUAUAACCCCAGCAACUCAGGAGGCUGAGGCAGGAGGAUCACAAGUUCAGGGCCAGUCUCAGCAACUUAGUGAGACCUUGUCUGAAAAAAUAAAAAGGUUUGGGUGCACCUUAAUGGUGGAGUUCUUGUGCCUAAUCCCUGGAACCAAAAAGUAAUUCCCAGAUAACAUGCACCUAGACUUGGCAAUGUCACAGGAAGCAGGGUGAAGAGGACCAGCUCAGCCACCAAGAAGAAGCAUGGCUCCAGAGCCCUGAGGGACGCUGUUAGACAGCACCUUCUCCAAGCAGCCAGAGGCCCAGAGACGUGGGGCUGUGGUGCUGGGAGCAAAUCAACUGUAAGAAGCCAUUUUUGAGACAAUCAUGUGAACAGGCUGGGCAUUGGUAGCAUUAAGGAAUUUGCUGGUUUUGAGGUGAAUUCUGACAUUUGUGGGAGAAAUGACAUGGUGUUAAGGAUUUGCCUUUAAGUUCUAAUAAAAAGGGAGAAAAGCCUGGCAAA